ACUUUAAAACGAACGUAAACAAAAAAAAACAAGAGAAGAAUACAAGUCGCAGAUAUUUAUAAAGUUUCAGCUAAACCCUAAUUUUGAAUCUCGACUCUCUCUCUCUCUCUUCCUCUUUCGCCGCCGACGACAGCAACAAUGGGUGCCAAGGCGAAGAAAGCUCUGAAGAAGAACAUGAAGAAGAUCACCGCUUCUGCUGCUGCUUCUUCCUCUUCUCAGCUAGCUGCUCCCCAAAACACCAAACCAUCAGCUGAUUUUCUGCCACUAGAAGGCGGUCCAGCUCGAAAAGCUCCAGCGACCAAAACCAUCGAGAACAAAGCCACAGUGCUAUACAUCGGUCGUCUCCCUCACGGCUUCUACGAGACUGAGAUCGAAGCUUUCUUCACUCAGUUUGGAACAGUCAAGAGAGUUAGAGUCGCACGAAACAAAAAGACUGGGAAAUCAAAACAUUUUGGAUUCAUUCAGUUUGAGGACCCCGAGGUGGCGGAGAUUGCAGCGGGUGCGAUGAAUGACUAUCUGCUGCUCGAGCACAUGCUUCAAGUCCGUGUUAUUCCGCCUGAGGAUGUUAAACCAAAUCUGUGGAAAGGGUUCAAGUGUCAGUACAAACCAGUUGAUUGGGUUCAGAUCGAGCGUAAACAACACAACAAGGAAAGGACAUUGGAAGAGCAUAGGAAAAUGUUGAACAAGGUUGUGAAACGUGAUCAGAAGAGGAGAAAGAGAAUCGAAGCUGCUGGAAUAGAAUAUCAAUGCCCCGAGCUUGUUGGAAAUACCCAGCCAUUACCUAAGAAGAUCAAGUUUAGUGAAGACUAGUAACCUCAAAGCUGUGGAAGAACGAACACACAUUUUGGAUAAGCUUUUGUUUUUAUAUGGUAUCUGGUUUAUUGUACUUCCGACAUCGGAUCGAGAACUCAACUUUAUUGCAACGAAAAUUUCUGUUUUAACAUCUCAAA